ACAAUUGCUGAUCUUUAUGCUGUUUCAGACAAUGAUGACCCAGAUCACACACCCAAAAGCAGCCCAUUUGUCACACAGAUCAUCCUAUAUGGGCUGGGCACAAAAACUUCAUGUUUCCAUGCAAAUGUAGACAAUGGAGCAAUGAUUAAUGCAAUUGACCUUAAGACCUUCCAUAAGGCAUUGUGGAACCUAAAGCAACUCAUGAAAUCAACACGCAUCCUCCAAAUGGCAAAUGGCAAUGAGGUACCAUCACAAGGAGUAUGGACUGGAACAUUCCAGUGGAAUAAGGUAAAAGUUUGUGCAUCAUUCGAAGUCUUCGACGGUGGCAGCAUUUAG